AUGGAGAAUGGUACAACAAAUUCCCCGUCCCAGCAGCGACUACUCUACCUACAGGAAAGCUCUAAAGACAGAGCGGAGCAAGUUUCGGAUCAGGGCGGAGAAGCCAAGGAUACUCGCAGAGCAACAGAGAUGGGUGCCAGUGUACGUCUAAAUGUCAACGUUAGCGAGCUAGUUGAGCUAGCGGUCUCUCACCGCAGUGAAUUUCACCGCCGGGGAAAGCUGGAAGACGUUGAGAAAGCUAUAGAAUAUGACAAUCGUGCACUAUCUUUGGUCCCCAGUUAUUGCCGGACCUUAUCCUGCCGGCUUAUCCAUCUUGGAGCAGAUUACGGGGCGCGAUUCAGCCGCACGGGCGACAUCAACGACAAUGCAAAGUCAAUAGAAUACUAUUCUCGCGCAGCCACACUGACCCCAGAUGAUCACCCGCACCUGCCGCACCUGCUCAAUAGUUUAGGAAUGAGCUAUGCCCGUCGGUUCAAGCAUAGAGGCGAUACGAACGACCUUACAAAGUCAAUAGAGUACCAGUCUCGUGCAAUCGCAUUGACGCCCGAAAAUCACCCAGAUCUACCAAGAUAUCUUGCUGGUCUGGGGAUAAACUACGGUGAUCGAUUCCAGCUCACAGGUGACGCGAACGACUUUGAAAAAUCAAUGGAGUACAAAUCUCGUGCCGUCGCACUGACUCCCGAGGAUCACUCAGACCUACCGCGAUGGCUUAAUAACCUAGGAGUAGACUACGGUACUCAAUUUAAUCGUACGGGCGAUAUGAACGAUCUCGCAAAGUCCACCGAGUACAAGUCUCGUGCAAUCGAAUUGACCCCCGACGAUGACCCAGGCUUACCGCGCCUGUUUAUGAAUCUAGGAUUGGACUACAGUGCUCGAUUCAAGCGCACAGGUGACAUGAACGACCUCGAAAAGUCAAUUGAUUACAAAUAUCGUGCAGUCGCGUUGACCCCGGACGAUCACGCAUGCAUGUCUGAGCUUCAAUUCCAGUUAUCGCUCUCAUAUUUUACUCGUUAUGAGCAUACGAAACAUUCAUGCACCUUCCACCGAGCUAUGCAUCUUCUUCGUACAGCGUCCCAGUCAACAGCUGGACCCCCACGCGAAACGUUCAUGUAUGCGCUCGAAUGGGCAUGGCGUAGUGUUUGUCUUCGUGAUUGUAUGGAAGCAUACAAGACUGCAAUCAACCUUAUGCCCCAGUUCAUUUGGCUCGGCUCAUCCACAAAUCAACAGUAUCAAGACCUACAGAAAGCUGGGAAUAUAGCCGCCAAGGCCAGUUCAACCGCUAUUCUCUCGUCCGCCUUCGACGUGGCUCUUGAGUGGCUGGAACACGCAAGAUGUGUGGUCUGGAGCCAGAGUCUUAUGCUCCGCUCGCCUCUUGACCGGCUUUACAAAUGUCAUCCGGAUAUAGCUACUCAGCUUCAAUCGAUAGCAAAUACCUUGCAUCAGACCGGUACUGAGCUAUCCGUGUCCCGUACAUUCACACCCAAGAUCAAUUCGUUGGUUGAUCGACACAACCUAGCUAUAGGCUACAACCAUUUAUUAGCUCAGAUACGCACACUCGACGGGUUCAAUGACUUUCUUCUGCCUCUGAAAUCGGACCGGCUCAUUAAUGCUGCACGACAUGGACCUGUGGUUGUGAUCGGCUGCAGCCAUCACCGCUGUGACCAAGGGCGCUGUGACGCGCUUCUUGUCGUUCCCGGACAAUCGACCAUCAGUCACCUCCAUCUCCCCAAUUUCACGUUACGAAAGGCUGAAGAAGCUCGUGAAAAGCUCGAAGGGUCUCUUCGCAACAAGGGGUUUCGCGAACGUGGAGUGAAACUCGUACCACUACCAGGAUACAAAGAUGGCUUUGCCAGUAUGCUACUUGAUCUGUGGAGCGAUAUUGUCAAGCCGGUGUUGGACUUUCUUGGAUAUACGAAGAACGUCCCGGAGAACGACUUAGACUUGCCACAUAUUACCUGGUGUCCGACAGGCACCCUGUCCUUUUUGCCACUGCAUGCAGCUGGCGACUAUAGUCAGCAUGGAUGCAAGGUGUUCAACUAUGUUGUAUCGUCGUACACGCCUACGCUUACCGCCCUUCUGGCAUCGAACCCCAGUACGCUCAACACCGCACCUCGGGUGCUCGCAGUCGGUCAGCCAAACACGCCCAAACACACAUCACUCCCUGGUACAAUCACCGAGCUCAAGCUAGUCAAGGAUCAUACCCAAAAUAAUGGCAAAUACUCGGAACUCAUAAAUGAACAGGCAACAACAGCUACCGUACUGGAUGCGAUGGAGGAGCACGACUGGGUCCACUUUGCUUGCUAUGCUCACCAAAAUGUUGUCAAUGCUACCAAGAGCGGCUUCUUCCUGCACGACGGUACACUCGAUCUUGCUGCUAUCAACCGGCGAUCGUUUAGAAAUAAAGGACUCGCAUUUCUGUCAGCUUGUCAGACAGCAACAGGCGACGACAAGUUGCCGGACGAAGCGAUACACCUUGCGUCGGGGAUGUUGAUGGCUGGGUAUCCGAGCGUGAUUGCAACAAGGUGGUCGGUGAAAGAUGAGGAUGCGCCGUUUGUAGCAGAUAGGGUAUAUGCGGAGCUGAUGAAGGAGGGAAAGUUGGGAAACGGGGAGGCAGGUCGAGCGCUUCACAAUGCUGUCGCUGCACUGCGUGAGAAGGUAGGAGAGAAGGCGUUUGGACGCUGGGCGUGUUUUAUUCAUAUUGGGUCGUAG